AGAGGACUUGCGGAGCUCACGGAUACACACAGACACACACACACACACACACACACUGCGCGCGCACACAAACACACCCUGCACGGGGAGAAUCUUGCGCGCGCACGCGGAGACGUGCAGAGAGAAACGGAAGCGGCUCUGAGGUGCGGCUUUUACCGGAUGGGGAAUCUUGGUCGGUUUAAUCGGUACUGAUUCGAGUAUCGCGGUACCGGAGCCGAAGUCGCGCCUGGAGGAGGAAACUUCAGUGUGUUUAAUAAAGCUGCGGUACUGUAACAGAUCAGUUGUUCCACUCCGGUGGGAUUGUUGUGGAUCUGAACCCGGAUUACAUUCCCGUGGAUUGUUUCAUUCUUCAUUUUUUGCGCACAGAGGACCUGGGGCUCAGGACUCAGGAGGGUUCGGGGGCAGAAAUCCAGCCAUGAACUUUAUGGUUUAUUGGGCUCAGUUAUUUCUAGCGGCGCUGCUGAACGCAUCUGCACUGAGGCAGGCGGCUUACAUACCAAAGGAGGGGAAAAGCAAGAAUGAAGUAAUUACCUUUAUGGAGGUGUACAGUAAGAGCAGCUGUAAUCCGAGGGAGACUCUGGUGGACGUACAAAGUGAAUAUCCACAUGAUACACACAUCACCUACCUACCGUCCUGUGUAGUGCUGCAGCGCUGUGGAGGCUGCUGUAACGAUGAAGCUCUAGAGUGUGUUCCUACACACACACGCAACAUCACACUGGAGAUGUACAAAAUAAAACCAGGUGUAGGAGAGCACAAAACGCUUCUGAGCUUCACAGAACACACACACUGUGACUGCAGGAAGAAAACACAAGUGAAAACAAAGAAAGAAUAUCGCUGUGAGCCCUGCUCAGAGAGGAGGAAGCACUGGUAUGUGCAGGAUCCUCUCACCUGCAGGUGUUCCUGUACACUGACUCAGUUACAGUGCAGGUCCAGGCAGCUUGAGUUAAACGAGAAAGUUUGCAGAUGUGAUAAACCGAGGAGAUGACGAUGGUGACGCUGGUCUCAGACACGCACUGAAUGAAGGAAUAUUUCAUCUCUGCACUUUUUCAAAAACCUGUGGACCACACACACACACACACACACACAAAUCACAAGCAGUAGGAGAGAUGAGAGAAGCGACGCUGUGACACCCCAUUGUACAUUCAAAUAAAAUAAUAUAUGAACAGUUCAAGGUGACAGAAGACAUGAUAAUGUGUAACGCUGCUAUGGAGACGAGUAGACGAGUGUCCACCAUGAGACAGACGGACAGAGGAUUUUAAACAUAAUUGUCGUCUAAGUUGGUGGGACUCUUCUGGACUGAGACGCUCUUUGGACGACGGUUUGACCUUUUAAGGAUACGACUUCAUAAUUGUGUAUAUAAUAAAGGGAUAUUCAGUGUAGUUUUUCAUUAAUGUGUUUCCAGUUUCUACCGUGAACAUUUAAUUACAAGUUUUUCAUUAAUAAUAUUAUUAAUAAUAAUAAAACAGGACAUUUAUGAGUUAAUCUGUUUAUUUUCCAGAGAGAAAAGUGAACAGAAGCACAGUAGCUAUAACAUACUCAUAUCACAGGUUAUAGUCCACUACAUCUAAUUUAUAAAGUUAGCUUCAGUAUUCUGUGUAUUUAAAUAGAUUUAUUUAUAUUCAGUGUUGUUUAUUUUUUGUUGUUGUGUUUUUUUGCCUUGUGUUUUUAUCAUCUGUGUCACCAUCAAUCUGCCUGAUUUUAUUUACUUUUCCCAGAAGAAGUAAGGAAGAUUCCUCUGACAUUCCUUAUAAGAAUAAUGUUUCUGUGUGUAAACAUGAACGUGAAUCGUCAGGAAUGUGACAUUGCCAGGUUCUGGUGAUCUUUUCCCAACAACAUUCUACUAUUUGUAUUAAAAUACAUUUUUUUUCAUGUCCA